AGCAUCACCACCGUCGUCACCACUUCCACCAGGCACUACCUUCACCACCACCACCGCCUCCACCACGGAGUAACCUCUUCUAUUUCUACUACUUCGUCCUCCUCCUCCUCAUCUUCCCACCUUUCGCGGCCGUGGAAGACGAGCAGCCACGCGCGGAUAUCCUGGCAGAGUGUUACGGAGAACGGAGAACAGUGGCACAGAACGCACGUUGCUCCAUUUUCGUGCAUCACGCACAGGAAGCCCGUUCUCGGACGCCUAGCCUUCGCAGAGCAGACAGGUCGGCGGCUGUCAUCAUCCUCGGCCGAGCCGAUCGCGAAGGCGACCGCGCGAGUUCUCCGUGAUCGAGGAUCGUGGAUCGAGGAUCAGCUCGAUUCCAAAGGCGGGAAAGCUCUUCGAACCGCUCCCGGCCACACGGACCGAAACCGCUCUGCGAUCUGCGCCCGCUUCCGAGCUGGGAAGUGCUCUCGAUAUCGACCGGUGCCGAUCGUCCAGUGGACCGGACCCCCAUCGAUCGGUGGUGAACGGGAUAACCGCGUUGUUCUACCUUCUUAGUCACCGAUCACGUAACCCCGUAACCCCGCCGCUUUCGUUUUCGACGGUGGACAAACAGUGUGCACUGUGAUUCGUGAGAGACCCCGCUCCAGUGAGUUUCCAGGGACUGGUUCUCUCUUCUUUAUCCUCGAGGGCGAGACGAAGGUCGCGCGGACACCGCCGGGACCAGCCAUGGCCGCCACCAGGACCGACUGGAACAUUAGAUUAUACGCGAUCGUGUGGCUGAUGGCCGUUGCCUCGCUGCAAUCUCAGGCGACGAAUCACGAGAACGCGGAUGGCGACGGGAACGCCGACGACUCUGUUCUGGACGAAACGACGGAGGACUAUUGGGCCGGAAGCGGAUCCGGGCCCGAAGAGGAUGACUCGCUGCACAACGAGACCAGAGAGGCGUUAACGCACGAGGCCAGCGAUCACGAUGCGGUGGUUUACGUUGGCGAGGGCGCGGCGUACGUACCGGUUCCCUCGUUGAAAGGACGACCUCUUAGCCCGAACCUUCAAGCGCUUCAGACACUUCAGGGUCUCCAAGGUCUCGCCGGAGGCGGUGGAACAGGCGUGGUCGGCGACGAGGAGUGGAAAAGGCAUCCCGAGACCUGGGACCGCGAGCAUAGGCGGUACAGACCUAACACGACACGUGUGCAACACAUCGAAGCCGAGUGCCAGGACGACUACAUGAAGAUCAGGAUCGGCUUCAACGGCUCGUUCACCGGUCUGCUGUACUCGGCAGGCUACUCGUACGACCCGGACUGCAUGUACGUUAACGGGACGGGCCGGGAUUACUACGAGUUCUACAUUCAGCUGAAUCGUUGCGGCACCCUCGGCGAGAACACUCAUCAUCAGGACAGCAGAAAGAAUCCGACAAAAAACCUGAUGUGGAACACCGUCACGGUGCAGUACAACCCGCUGAUCGAGGAGGAGUUCGACGAGCACUUCAAAGUGACUUGCGAAUACGGCUACGACUUCUGGAAGACCGUCACCUUCCCGUUCCUCGACGUCGAAGUGGCGACGGGAAAUCCCGUAGUGUUCACCCUGCAGCCACCGGAGUGCUACAUGGAAAUCAGAUACGGUUACGGGACCACUGGAACUAGAGUGGCUGGACCAGUUCGUGUCGGCGAUCCUCUGACUCUCAUUAUCUACAUGCGCAGCAAAUACGACGGUUUCGACAUCGUCGUUAACGACUGCUACGCUCACAACGGCGGCAACAAACGGAUCCAGCUGAUCGAUCAAUACGGUUGCCCGGUGGACGACAAAUUGAUCAGCCGAUUCCGCGGAUCCUGGUCGGAGAGCGGCCUCUUCGAGACCCAAGUGUUCGCCUACAUGAAGACAUUCAGGUUCACCGGCUCGCCGGCCUUGUACAUCGAGUGCGACGUCCGGAUGUGCCACGGGAGAUGUCCGAGCCAGCCCUGCCACUGGAGGAACGCCAAGAACGUGGCCAAACGGUCUCUGCCAGAUAUCGGCGGCCCCUCGACACCUGCCACCAGCCUGUCGGAGAACGUCAACCUUUUCCAGUCGUUGCGCGUUCUUCAGGAGGGCGAAGCCGACACCGAGUUCUUCCAGAAUUCCACCACGGCUUAUCGAAGCGGACCCAGCGAAGCGACGGGCGACAGAGUGUGCCUAAGAUCGACGGUUCUUAGCACGAUGAUAGGGAUCACCUGCGGUUUCCUCUGCAUAAUGGCGGGAACGAUAUUGGCCAUGUGCUCGCGGAUGCGACGACAGGCCAGGGAGAAGCUGCUGUCCGACAGCAUAAGCUACAUGACCCACAAGGGUAGAAUCAACUAAGCUCGGCCUCUGCGACUGUACUUGCGAACCUUUCCUACUUCCCUCUUCUUGACCGCUUCGUGGUACACGCGUACCAGCUGAGCGAUCGGAGAAAGUCCCUGUCGAUAAUGCGAGGACAAUCUCACUCGGUAACGUUGGCUGCGGUCGACGAGGCGGCGCCGACGGCGGUAUCGACAGUAGCGAAUAAAGGAGGACUUAAUUGAAGUAAUUUCUCAAAUUAACGGAUCCUCGUCGAUGGAUCCUUUCCAGGCGGAUUAGUUGAACGCUCGGAAAAAAACGAAGAGUAUUGUCAACCAUUGUGAUGCGAUUAGAUUAAUGCGUUUUGUUUUAGAGGGAAAAAUAGAACCCGUUCACACACACUGUCGGUAAAGAAGACAGGGAAAUCGUUGCCGAUUGAACUCGCUCAUUCUGUUAUCGACUACGCUUUCUCCCCAAUGUUCUGUUCUCUUCUUCUCCGAUCGGAGGAGAAACCUUCUCGUUUAUCGCGUGUACAAGCGAGUUGCCGUCCGUCGAUACGAUUCAAGGCGAAUUUAGAAGUCGAGGAUUUUGCCACGACCUGUUUAUCGAGCGCGCGAACGAGAAAUAUUUUUUUAGAACUUCUACGACGAAACGUGACGAGAAAGGUUUUGCAGAUCGUUGGACUGCGGAUCCGGAAGAAUUUCUUUUACAUGAAAUUUAAGAUUAAGAGAUUAAUUUAAGAUUUAAGAUUUCUUAACGUAAAGACACUAUAGGCUUUUCAUCGAUGUACGCAUAUAGUACAUUCUCGUGUUUGAAAAGUUUACGUACGUAAAUCCGUGGUUCGACGAUCAUGGUUCAGAAGAUUUCUCUCCGCUCGCGCGGUCGACCUUACAGGAGAUUAAAAUAAAUACCUAGAUAACAGGCACCUAAUGCCGUUGAUGAGAUUCAGUAGUUUAAGUAUGUCCAAUCACAUUACUCGCCAUAUUCAGGAACGCUAAAAUUUUUGGAGCCUCGAGUUGCAGCUUAACUAACCGGAUAUGUUAAUAAUUGCGUUGUUAAUAAUAACAAUUUCCGCGUGGAGAUUCUUACAUACAAAAAUAUUCUUUUGAUUGCGAUGCCAAGAAAAAUUAAUUGCUAUUGAAGAAAUUCACUGAAAAAACUGAAAUUGUUAAUCUUUUACCUUCGAAAGACUGUUCAGUCGUCGCAGGUAGAGAAAAUCUCUCGAGAAAUUAGACAAUUAUAGUGUAUUUUUGAAACCUAUGAAACGAUCGCCAGCGAUCGAUAUAAACGUCGUAUUUAUUGACCAUAAAUGUACUAAAUCGAGGAAGAAUGUGGCCAACGAUUGUACGAGCAUCGUUAACGCUUUCUCGAGUUAGCAGCGAACAACAUUUAACCCUUUGCGGACGAAGUCGCUCGACGGGCGAGCGUCGCUGUGGGCGACAGGUAUUGCAUAUAAAAUAAAAAUGUUAAAUUAAAAUGUUAUAUAAAAUAUGUGAGAAGCUUUGCUGGUUUCUCCGGUAGCGACACUGAAAGACUGAAUCGACAAAACAGAAAUUCGUUCUGAAGCUACGGUUAAAUUAAUAAAUUUAUAUUAACCCUUAGGGGACCAAAACUA